AUGGUUGCUAAACUGAGCCAGCUGCAGACGGAGCUCCUGGCGGCCCUGCUCGAGUCGGGCCUGAGCAAAGAGGCGCUGAUCCAGGCCCUAGGUGAGCCAGGGCCCUACCUGCUGGCCGGGGACGAGCCCCUGGACAAGGGGGAGUCCUGCGGUGGUGGCCGAGGGGAGCUGGCCGAGCUUCCCAACGGGCUGGGGGAGACGCGGGGCUCCGAGGACGAGACGGACGACGAUGGGGAAGACUUCACGCCGCCCAUCCUCAAAGAGCUGGAGAACCUCAGUCCCGAGGAGGCGGCCCACCAGAAGGCCGUGGUGGAGACCCUUCUGCAGGAGGACCCGUGGCGGGUAGCAAAGAUGGUCAAGUCCUACCUGCAGCAGCACAACAUCCCACAGCGGGAGGUGGUUGACACCACCGGCCUCAACCAGUCCCACCUGUCCCAGCACCUCAACAAGGGCACCCCCAUGAAGACGCAGAAGCGAGCCGCCCUGUACACCUGGUACGUCCGCAAGCAGCGAGAGGUGGCCCAGCAGUUCACCCAUGCAGGGCAGGGUGGGCUGAUUGAAGAGCCCACAGGUGAUGAGCUACCAACCAAGAAGGGGCGUAGGAACCGAUUCAAAUGGGGUCCAGCAUCCCAGCAGAUCCUGUUCCAGGCUUAUGAGAGGCAGAAGAACCCCAGCAAGGAGGAGCGAGAGGCAUUGGUGGAGGAGUGCAAUAGGGCGGAGUGCAUCCAGAGGGGGGUGUCACCAUCGCAGGCACAGGGACUGGGCUCCAACCUUGUCACGGAGGUCCGUGUCUACAACUGGUUUGCCAAUCGGCGCAAAGAAGAAGCCUUUCGACACAAGCUGGCGAUGGACACAUACAGCGGGCCACCACCUGGGCCAGGCCCGGGGCCUGCGCUGCCUGCUCACAGUUCCCCUGGCCUUCCCCCACCUGCACUCUCCCCCAGUAAGGUCCACGGUGUGCGCUAUGGACAGUCUGCAACAAGUGAGGCAGCAGAAGUGCCCUCCAGCAGUGGUGGUCCCUUGGUGACAGUGUCUGCGCCCCUGCACCAAGUGUCCCCCACAGGCCUGGAGCCCAGCCACAGCCUGCUGAGCACAGAAGCUAAGCUGGUCUCUGCAACAGGGGGGCCCCUGCCCCCAGUCAGCACCCUGACAGCACUGCAUAGCCUGGAGCAGACAUCCCCAGGCCUCAACCAGCAGCCCCAGAACCUCAUCAUGGCCUCACUCCCUGGGGUCAUGGCCAUCGGGGCUGGGGAGCCUGCCUCCCUGAGCUCCACGUUCACCAACACGGGCGCCUCCACUCUGGUCAUUGGCCUGGCUUCCACUCAGGCCCAGAGUGUACCCGUCAUCAACAGCAUGGGUAGCAGCCUGACCACCCUGCAGCCCGUUCAGUUCUCCCAGUCGCUGCACCCAUCCUACCAGCAGCCACUCAUACCCCCAGUGCAGAGCCACGUGGCCCAGAGCCCUUUCAUGGCCACCAUGGCCCAGCUGCAGAGCCCCCAUGCCCUCUACAGCCACAAGCCUGAGGUGGCCCAGUACACCCACGCGGGCCUGCUCCCACAGACCAUGCUCAUCACCGACACCACCAACCUGAGUGCCCUUGCCAGCCUCACGCCCACCAAGCAGGUAAAGCCAGGCCCUGCCCUGGAGUACCCCGCCACCAGCACCAUGCCCCUGGAGGCUUAGGCAGCUGCCUUGUGCCUCCAGGUCUUUACCUCAGACACGGAGGUCUCCAGCGAGUCCGGGCUUCACACGUCAGUGUCCCAGGCCACCACCAUCCACAUCCCCAGCCAGGACCCCGCUGGCAUCCAGCACCUGCAGCCUGCCCACCGGCUCAGCACCAGUCCCACAGUGUCCUCCAGCAGCCUGGUGCUGUACCAGAGCUCCGACUCCACCAACAGUCACAGCCACCUGCUGCCCACCAACCACAGUGUCAUUGAGACCUUCAUCUCCACACAGAUGGCCUCAUCCUCCCAGUAACUGUGGCAACGGCC